AUGAAGUUCUCCUCAGUCUUGCUCACGGUAUUUGCACUUGCCGCCACCGGCUUGGCGGACAAGACUUGCACACCCAGCUUUGACUAUUGUUCGGAUGUCCUGAUCAAGUCACACGGUUUCACCGAGGCCGAUCUUAAAGAUGUCCUCAAGGGUACCGAUCUUGAGAACGAGGAUCUCAAGAAUGUUCUGUUCCACUGCAAGAACCCCGGUGAUGUUGGCCACCCCAAGCUUUGCACAAGUGGUUGCAAGGACUCGGAGCAGGAGGGCAGCCACCACUGCGAGGGGUAA